AUGCCUAGAGCAAAUUUAGACCGUGACCCUAUAACCCUACAAGAGGGAGGACACGUCGCUGCUCGAAUUGGUGGCAAACUGAUUGAGCCCGAUACAAUGGAAUAUGUUGAUGGAGAAGUUGAAAGUAUCACUAUUUAUCGUACUCCAAAUUCCGAUUUUGAACUUAAGUGUACGCAAGAUGUGGACUUCGAACCUGGGGAACAAGUUAUCUUACAGCAGCUGGAUCCCGUUAGUUACGCACUUAUAGGGAUGAAAAGUGGAAAGGAAGUUGAGUUCAAGGAGUAA